ACGGCCCCACCCCGGAGGCCCCGACUCGCCGCUCGCAACCCCCUCCCCGUUGGUCGCUUCCCGUGGCGGCCGCUCUGCUGGCGGCGAACCCCUCCCCGCCGGCCGCCUCCCGUGACAGCUCCGCAGCUGCUUUGCUCGUCGCCUCGGCAAGGCAACCCGACUGGCCGGCGGUCGAUCCUGGCCUGCGCGACGACGUCGGCCGCCAGAGCUUGAUACCGCCCCGUCUCCGGAACCCAACGGCCUCCAGCUAAGCGCCGACUCUGCGGUUCGGACUCCGGAUCCUGGAGGCGGAGCUGUCUGCUGGAUCAGUCCGUGCCUCCGUGGAUCUGCCGGACCCUUGCCAACUGGGAACUGCCCCCUGCUGAGUGCCUACUUCCGGCUUAAGUGCACCAACAGGACUGAUGGAGGCUGGGGAGCUGCUACGUUCAGUGUCUGUUGAGGUGGCUCCAUCUGUUGUGGUGGUGGAACAAGUGCAUAGGUUAGACUACUUCUGCACUGGGUCUGUAGUGAGGAGUGUUCCUAAUGAUGGCACGUUUAUACUGGCGCAAGCUGAAAUCCUGGAUACUUACUCAGACGUGAGGUUGAGAGUUCAUUUCUCAGAUGGUCUCCAAGCAACGGCUCAAGUUGUGCUCACAAGGGGUCAGUUUUGUAUCCUGCGUACCGAGUACAAUCCCAGAUGCAAGGUUAUAGAGCUCGAUACAAAGGCUACAGACCUUGGCUACAUGAUGAUCCGUGCGCCCUUCUCACGCUCUACCCACUUUCCUGUACCGACCUUCCUGUUCCAGUCAAGACUGAUCUGCACAACAUUUGGGGAUCAUGCUCCUACCAUCCGUGGCUCCUGUGAGUAUUUCAUGGUCGUGUGUCAGUAUGGAGACACCUCUGCGAACGGGGUCAGCAGACUGGUAGCCGGUCCUGUUUUUUCAAUGGCUGGCAAGGUUGUGGGUAUACUGGUACGAGACAACAGUGACUGGGUAGACAAGUCUGAUCCGGGGGAAGACCCUCGUUGGGUAGCCGAGGGAUUUCAGUUCAAGACGUGCAUGUCUGCUCAGAAGUUUAAGAACAUCCUGUGGUCUUUAUUUGGUGAGUGUGGAUGGAGGAAGGGGAGGAAGAGAGCGAGUGAUGAAAGGAGGAAGAGUCUUAUGAGAGCGGACAAGGCCAAGUCAAAGAAGAGAAAGACUUCGACAUGAGUAGUUCUGAAACAAAUCAGUGAUGUUUUUGUAUAACACCUUAAGGCCCAUUUGGAUCUUUGGAAUUGAAUUCAUUGUAAUAAACUAAAGUUGUGGAAGAAGAAAGAAGAAAGUCUACAACUUAAGUUGGAGAAGAAAGAAGAAAGAAUCUAUAGAAUCCAUUUUUCAUCUCU